CCCACAGGUCAUCCAUCCCCCAAAUUCCUCUCUAGCUACUUUCCAUUUCCUCUCUCUGCCUUCAAUUUCUAAUGAUAAAGAUACUGCUAUUUGGGCAGGGGAUAGGUAGAGGAGGCACUGGUGAUGUUGUUGACAGAAGAUAGAGAGCACAGAGGAUGUUAUGCACCAUUAAUGGAGAUCCGCUGCAGCACUGCAUCUCAGUCCUUUGUGCUCUCUAUGCUUCUGUCAUCACCUUCAGCCCCUCAUGCCUAUGAUCCCCUCCUUAAUUCCUUUUAGCUUUGAUUCGUUUUCUACUUGAUAUGAUUUCUCUUACAUCCAUGCUUGCUAUAUUAUGUUUAUGCAUAUUCAUCCUUUUAACUAUGUACUCUAGUUAAAUCUUAUUUUGUUCAUAUGUAUAUGUUUUGCAGUUCAAAUUUUGCAGGGGAGACUUCGGGGUUUUGGUUCCUAAAUGAUCAAAUCAAGAAUCACUUGGACAGGUUGUAGGUAAAAGUAUGUUUAGUUUUCCCCUUGAUUGUUUGGUGAGAUGAUCCCUUGAAGCGCAUUUGUUGAUUCCCUUUUGCUUAAUAAUAGACAUGAACUCUUGCAAUAGUUUUGUUCAUUUCAGAUAAAUCUUGGAACAUUACAAAAUAACUGACAUCAAAUUCCUCUCUAAUGCAUUUGCAACAUUUUCUGUUUUUAUUUGGUCUGUUUUUAAUAAGAAAUUGGGAAGAACAUAACCAUUUUUUGUUCAAUAAUGUGUAAGUUUUGUUUCUUCUUCUUCUUCUUCUUCUUUUUUCAGUCUUGAAUGGAUAGAAAACAUUCUGAUGCUAUGCUGACAAGAUAGAGGAGUAAAAGUGAUUCCUAAAAGAAGUAGGUACCACUUGCUUUGUGGGUGAAGGGUCCAUAUCUUGUUUCAUCAAUUUUUGUGACCAUGUAAAAGGAAAACAAGCGUGGCGACUGUUGGCCAUAAGUUAUACCGGCUGAUUUUUCUGUUGCAGUUCAUCAUCCUAGUACAAAAUUUACUGUAAAUUUCAUAGGUGAGAUGGGGGUGUUAUAUAUUUCUAUAUUUUUAUUUAAAUUAAUUUUAUGAAAGUGCCCUCGCCCUUGUUUAUGUCCAUGAAGUUUCGCCUAAUUAAGCUUUUGUCGGUAG